GAAAAUUAUUAAAAAAUGCUUAGUUGAAGUAAAGACUCGUUUCAAAAUGAACAAAAUAGCAUUUACCGGAUCUGUACUGAUUGCCUUCUGCGCUCUGCAGUUGGUAAACUCAUUGACCUGUUACACGUGUUACUCGCCUCAGGAGUGUAAGAAUGCUAAAUUGAUCACUUGCAAUGAGGUUGCGGCCAAUGAAACAACUCGCCAGUUGAAACUGUAUCAUACAUACGUGUCCAACGUUACUAGCACUAACUUUAAAUGUUUGGAUUUGCGAUAUUUAUGGUUCGACGACAAUCAUAAUGCAGAUAACAAUGUGACUCUAUUUGGUUGUGUUUAUCCGAAUGUUCAGCCGUGCACUCGAUCAAUAUUACCUGACCUAAAUACAUAUAAUGUGAAAUUUUGCGAAACAUGUGGUACAGACAUGUGCAAUCCAGCGGGUAAAUUAAGCAGCAGUGUGUAUACAAUCGCUGCCACUGUGGUCGCUGUAAUGUUGGCUAAGGCUUUUGCCUAAACAACUUAUUCAUUCAUAAGAUUGUUUCGUGACAAUUUAUCAAUACAAUAAAUAAAAACAUAGCUCCGCCAAAGUCGAAUGCGUUCAACAUUAAA